AUGAAAUAUUUAGGCUGCAAACACGAAAGCAACGAGAAUGAUGUUGCCAUUAAAACGGACAUGGAAAAUCGAAAAAGUGCCAUAAUCGACGCGUUGCUGCUGAAAGCAGAGACGUUAGCCGAUGCACACUUAGCAAUAAGCACCCAGGAUAUCCCGAAGUCAUUUCGGUAUGGUUUGAAUGUCGAUGUGACAGAAAAACCCAUGAAAACUGCUGCUGCUACUGUUGCUGCUGCUUUGGGCAACGAAGGAGAACUUACUAAAAAAUCAUCCAUGAGCGAUUUUCAGGUUUCAAGUAGAUUCUUUGCAGGAAUAAUAAGAAAUUUUUAA